AACACAGAUCAUUUUCUUUCACUAAACUUCCAAGUGAUCAGUUGAAAUGCGAAACAUUCUUGAUCUGCAUGGGUCUAGUGGGCACAAUGGUUUAAAAGCUCAUAGAUUCACAUUUAAGAAUACUGUGAACAGAGAGAUGAGAGAUCUGCUGAAGCAUCAACUCGUGGUUUGUAUGGAGCCCCUGGUUAGAAAAAUGGUCGGAGAGGCGCUUGAUCAUCGUCUUAGUCAACGACCUUAUCUCUUUUCGUCGUGGUCCCAAACCGAACGCUCACGUUCGGAAACGCCGUCGUCGCGUUCAUGUCUCAAGCUGCGAUUCAUAAACUCGCCGCCGUCUCCCAUAUUCAUGGGAGCCAAGAUCGAAACCAAGGACGGUUCUCCUGUAGCGAUCGAGCUCGUGGACGCAGCCACGAACGCUCGAGUCGUUUCGGGACCGCUCUCAUCUUCUCGUGUGGAGAUCGUGCCGCUUAAAGCUCACUUCACGGAGGAAAGCUGGACCGUUGACGAGUUCAAACGCUAUAUUGAGAAGCAGCGUGAAGGCAAACCUCCGUUACUCACCGGAGAUGUAACUGUCACGCUUGAAAACGGAGUCGGAGUGAUAGCCGGAGACGUCUCGUUCUCGGAUAACUCGAGUUGGACUAGGAGUCAGAAGUUCCGGUUAGGUGCUAGGUUAACCGGGGGUGGAGCCGUGGAGGCAAGGAGUGAAGCCUUUAGAUGUAAAGACCAACGUGGAGAAUCUUAUAGAAAACAUUACCCUCCGUCUCCCAGUGACGAGGUUUGGAGACUGAAGAACAUAGCUAAAGGUGGCGUUUCGGCAAAGCGUUUGGCUGAGCAGAAGAUUUAUACCGUCAAGGAUUUACUCCGUUGGUAUGCCGUAUGUCCAAAUGAGUUAUACAACAUACUUGGUAGAGAGACAAAGUCAGGAAGGAUCUCAAAGAGAAAAUGGGAAGCAAUUGUAUCCCACGCCAUGCAAUGCGUUUUGGACGAAACAGAGCGUUACAUCUACAACGCAAACGCUCUUGAUGGAUCGCUUAUUUUCAACUCUGUCUAUGAAGUGAUCAAAGUGUCAUUAAGUGAUGGCACGUUUCGAAACCCUGAUGAGAUACCAACCUAUCAGCUGGACAAGUUGAAGAAAGAAGCUUAUAGAGACCUUACCCUCUUACAGACCUUUGUGGAACAUCCACAAAGAUCCUUGCACUGCACGCCAAAUCCCGGAUUUGGCAUCGCAUGUCCUGAGUUGCAGCACAACAACUUUCAAGGAACUUCGGAUCCAUCAGGCUCUAUGAGUUCUCUUUACUUGACAGCUGCAAACUCCACCAUCCAACCAGAGAUGCUAAUGAGUUGUGAGAACUCACCAGACAUGACGUUUCAUAUCGACCGGAAUUUAUUACAGAGAAACAGCUUCAGGAUAAGUGAACACGAACACGACCACGAUGCACAAACUUUAGCCACGAGAGGGUAUAUCGAGAAUGAAGAGGAUGAUCAUGAGAACACUUUUACUUAUCAUCACGGCAUGUCCUCGAACUUGUCAACUGGUGCGGCGGAUUGGGAACAACAAAUCUAUAAUAGUUUGUCUGUUAGCGUGUUUGGCACGGAAGAAGCUGGAACGUUUAAUAUUCGUUUUACAAAUACUGCGGGGUCUCCAAGAGCCAGGUGGUGUAAGGUUAAGGCAGCUUUCAAGAUUCGAGAAGUCUGGAAACAGGCAGCUGCCAGAAACCGAAGGAAGGCUUGCCUAGCGUACUAGAUUCACUAGUUUCGAUUCUUACGGUGCACGAAAGAUGCAUAUAUAUAUAUUGCGUGUGUGUGUGUAUUUUUUUUCUUCUGGCUAAUGGCUGUUCCAAACGGCUUUUAUCGAUCCCAGCUCAUGUUUGAUACACCUGUCAGAUAUAAAAGGCUAUACAUAACGAAUAAGUUACAUCAUACAUGUUUAUAUUUUGUUAUUUGUUUUUCCAUCAGUUGUAAUGCUUUUAUAGCAAAGGGCUUGUAUUUGACUCAAUGGUUUCUUGUAAAUGCACGAAACCUAUUUAUAG